AUGGGCUGUACGAGAAUGCGCUCCGACCUUGGCCUAUAUGUGCUGAGGGAAGAAGAUGAAGUCAAGCUGUUCUUGAACGUGUACGUGGGUGACUUACUAGUAAUUGUAUCACGUAAUCUGCCCGUCAAGAUUGCUGUGUCGCUGCAAGGAGACGACCAAGCUUGCGACGAUGGGCACAAUCAAGUAAUAAACGCGCACAAUGCUACCGUUGGUGCCACAGCGCAUACCUCUGCGCGUGUCAGCGCCAUCGGAACAAGAUUGAGGUGGACUAAACUGGGCGGCGACAUCGGUGGAGACAACUAUUUGGAAGGCAGCAUGGAGGCUCUUCUGCACAGUUCCGCGGAAGGUAUUCCCAACGUGAACAUGUAUCUCCGACCACAACUCAAAUAG